GCCGGAAGAGGGCGGGCCUAACGGGGCGGCGCCCCCGGGUGCCAGGAAGGGGCGCUCAUGUCGGGCCGCGGAGCUGUGUGGGCGCGUGUGCGGACCCGUCUGCGCGCCUUCCCCGAGCACCUGGCGGCUUGCGGGGCCCAGGCCUCGGCGUACGGCAAGUGCGUGCAGGCCUCCACGGCCCCGGGCGGCCGCCUCAACAAGGACCUCUGCGCGCGCGAGUUCGAGGCCCUGCGCAGCUGCUUCGCGGCCGCGGCUGAGAAGACCCUGCAGGGAGGCUCCUAGGAAGACCCUCGGGCUGCGGCCUCGCUCCCUCACUGCUGACCUUGGGCGGCACACAGAUGUCUCCUGUUGGGCUGAAAAGGUGUGCGCAGUGACGCUCUUAGGUGUUUGUGCGCAGUUUCUUCUCAGCAGGCUGAACCUUGGGCAGGGCGGGAAUCUGUUUAGUCAGAUUAAAAUGUAAGUGAACCAGCA